GCAGAUGAACGCCACAGCGGCCCCUGAAGGAGCCGCGCAGCUCCUGCUCCUCCUCCCCGGUGAUCGGGAGAGAUUCCCUGGACGUGGCAAUGGUGAACUGAUGCACGAGCUGCUCGGGACGGAAGGCAGGGUCGGUACUGAGGGCACCGGGGCGUGCUGGUACCGGGGGAGAGUCAUGGUCCCCCUCCCGAGGGCGGAUUAGAGGCAGCGGGACCGGCAGGUGGACAGGCUACAAAAAAAACAGAAGAGAGGAAAUCUACAAGACUGAGCAAUGCACAAUUCAGACGAGGGGACCGCAGGACAGUCCCAGGAGCAAAAUGAAGAGGUCAGUGACGAUGAAAAGCAGAGCAAGGACAAACUGAACAAGCUGGAGCGGGAGACGAGUGAGAAGGAGCCGGAGAGCGGCGCCAGGAGGGAGGCCCGGCGGCACAGUCACCUGAGGAGCGGCUGGGCGCUCGGCGAACGCAUCGCCGUCAACGUGUCGGGGAUGCGCUACGAGACCCAGCUCCGGACGCUGGCUCAGUUCCCAGACUCACUCUUGGGGGAUCCCCGACGGCGCCUUCGCUACUUCGACCCCAUGCGUAACGAACUCUUCCUGGACAGAAACCGCAUCUGCUUCGAAGCCAUCCUCUACUUCUACCAGUCGGGCGGCCGGCUGCGCAGGCCCGCCAACAUUCCCCUCGACAUGUUCCUGGAGGAAGCGCGCUUCUACGAGCUCGGAGAGGACACCAUCGACCGCUUCAAGGAGGACGAGGGUUUCGCCAAAGAGGAGGAGAGACCGAUGCCCAGCAAGAAGUGGCAGCAGAACAUCUGGAAUGCCUUUGAGUACCCGGAGUCGUCCAGCGGAGCCCGGAUCAUCGCCAUCGUCAGCGUCAUGGUCAUCAUCCUCUCUAUUCUCAUCUUCUGCCUGGAGACUCUGCCCGAGUUCAGACAGGAGAAGGAACGGAGGGAGCAAUCGACCACCACACCUCACCCCAGCGUCCAGAACGAAACCGUCCUGGCCCCCCCGACUUUCACCCCCUUCCAGGACCCGUUCUUCAUCAUCGAGUCCAUCUGCAUCUGCUGGUUCUCCUUCGAGCUGGUGAUGCGCUUCAUCAGCUCCCCCAGCAAGACGUACUUCUUCAAAGACAUCAUGAACAUCAUCGACUUCUUGGCCAUCAUGCCUUAUUUCGUCACGCUGGGCACGGAGCUGGCCAAGGACAAAGGCACGCAGCCCUCGGGCACGCUGGCUCUCAUCAGGGUCAUCCGGCUGGUGAGGGUCUUCCGGAUCUUCAAGCUGUCCCGCCACUCCAAAGGCCUGCAGAUCCUGGGCCAGACGCUGAAGGCCAGCCUGCGGGAACUGGCCCUCCUCAUCUUCUUCCUCUUCAUCGGGGUCAUACUCUUCUCCAGCGCCGUGUACUUUGCGGAGGUGGACAGCCCCGGGACGGCCUUCACCAGCAUCCCCGAGGCCUUCUGGUGGGCCGUGGUGUCCAUGACGACGGUGGGCUACGGGGACAUGUGCCCGGGCACGGUGGGGGGGAAGCUGGUGGGCUCCAUGUGCGCCAUCGCCGGCGUGCUCACCAUCUCUCUGCCCGUGCCCGUCAUCGUGUCCAACUUCAGCUACUUCUACCAUCGACAGACGGAGUGCGAGGACACCAGGGAGUACAACCACGUGGCCACGGCGCUCUGGGAGGAGGACGGAGGGAGCGACGGAGAGGACGACGAGCUGCGUGAAGAGGGUCCCGAACACUUGGAUUACGCUCCGCUGUACGAGCAGAACGGGGCCAUGUGCCCGCAGCUCAACGGGGCCUUUCUGUCCGGGCUCUGUGCCGGGCAGGGAGCGGACGAUCAGGCGACGUUCCAUCUCAAGGAAUCUCAGGUCACUCAGGUCUGACGCACAUAAAACAUGUUUACACACGGACACUGACGAAACAGUGCGAAGAGGAGACUGUUGAGAUGAUGAACAGGAGGAAUUAGAGCACCCAACACCGAGAUUUAAACUGACGGACACCAGGUGUGUGAAACAGUUUUUUAUAUCUAAGACUUUUGACUUGUAGUAUUUAGAGUUUAAAUUUGAGCUGUGUUUUUCUGAUCAAAUAAGCAAAUAACAGCUCAAUGGACAGACGCAUGGGAUGUAGAGAGAGACCGAACAGCUGACUGUAACGUUAAAAUAUAAUAAAGAAACGUCUCGUAAUGUACAGCGUUGUACAGUGAUAUAAACCACAUUAUAUCACAUUACCGUUCCCGCUGUAUGUUUAAACCAUGGAUGUAAACACUGUGGUUCAGUCAGCUGUUCGGUCUCUCUCUACAUCCCGUGUGUCUGUCCAUUGAGCUGUUACGCUGAGAGCGCCCCCUGCAGGUUUGGUAACCGGUUAUGAGGCGUUUUUCUUUUGAAGAUGGUUUCUUGUUUUAUAUCAUUUUGUGCUUUGCAUCGUUUCUCUAUUUGCAGCGCGUUUGAUGAUGCUGCAUUUGUCUUUGUUUUUUGCAGCACGUUUUUUCAUUUGCACCACGUUCCUCUUUUUGUACCUCGUUUUGAGUUUGUGAAUUUGAAUCGUUUCUGUACUUGAAGCCGGUUUCCUUAAAGGAGCAUGAGGCUACUUUAAGAAAUGAGACUCAUCAGCGCUACGACGGCCGUCGGGGUUCCUGCAGCCAACAGCGAAGCCGGCACGGGAGCGCGUGUGUAAUCUCAUGUGAUUUUCAAAUCAAGCUCUAAAUAUGACUUACAAUGUUAUCUUACCUGGUCAGUAGGAAAUGAGCCAUGUCAGCAUCUGUUUUCAAUCCCAAUUCAAGUUGAAGCUGCCUCCAUGACUCAAACGCGUAUCCAAUGUUUACUCGUGCGCCACCGAGAACGCGCAUGCAGCGUCAUGUGACGUCACAUCCGCAGGACAGCGCGGGAAAUUCCGGUCACAAUUGCAGCACAUUUUGCAGCACACAGCCUGUUCAAGGCAACGGAGAGAUACACUAGAGGGCUCAUUCUUUUUGAUUUGGAACACUUCAUCUGACAUUAUUACUAGAAAACUUGAAACGUAUACACAUUUUUUUCAUAAAUCCUGCCUCAAUCCUGCCUCAUGCUCCUUUAACUGAGAUGCAUUAGGCCGUUGGAGUGCGUUUGGCCUUUGUCGGCCACCGUAAAAUAACUUUGACAUAAUUUGCAUCUUCAGAUCCCUCAAAGCAUCUUCUGUCUAGAUUUGACCCUAAACUAGUCAAAUAUAGGAGUUUGUUUUGGGCAAGAAAAAUAUGAUUAACAAGAAAUGAUUUACAGUAUAAUUGCCAUUUCAAUUAUACCGUAAAUAAACUUCCUUUACAUCCAAGUAAAUAUUAGUUAUUAUUACCUCCAAAAUGUUUACCUUUGGGUGUUUUUUAAAAAGGUUGCCCAUGAACCUUUACAACAUUAUAUAAGCAAUAAAAUAAAUUACAUAACAUAAAUUUUGAGACAAUUAAUGAAUUUCUAUGUUGUAAUGUAUCAACACUAAAAUAGUUUUUGCCUCCCGCAAUAUUUUAUUUCUCAGUCGUCUUGAAUGUCUUGUAUUUAAUUUACGAUGCAAAUAAACGAUUUCCGGAUCUCCUGCCAGCUUUAAAGGUCGGGUGUGUAGGAUGUACCGACAUCUAGUGGUGCAAACUGAAAACAACUCCUUGUUCAGCACAAAAACCAGUGUGUUUGUAGGAUAUUGACCCACAGUAUCUUUGAAAAUAAGUCACUUGAUCUGCAGCAGAUAAACCCACACUGCUGCAGGACUGUCCCGUCAUAAGAACAUAGUUUAGCACAUUAUCAUGGCAUUUUUCUGGAACUAUUAGCCAUUAAAUAGGUUAUUAUUAAGCUACUGUCUUAAAUUUUUUGCUGAGAAAAAGUUUGAAAAAUCAGCACAUGUGGAUAAAAUAUUUUAUUCUACCAUCUCUGCAUCUGAUGAAGCAAUAAUAUUGUGUUUUUCAGUAUUAAUCUCAAAAAGCAAAUGGAUCUGUGGGUGUUUAAGUUUCUUAAUUUUAAAGGUUUGUUUGGACUAAAGUUGUAAAAAUUCCAAAUUCUAUCCUCACAAAUGAUUAAUCUUCCUCAUUGUUAUAUAUGUUAUUUAUUUUGAAAACAAUUGUAAUGCUAUUUUUAAAUGUUUGCAUAAGUCGUAUCUGUCCUGAUUUAAACAUCAUCUUUUCCUUACUGUUUACCUGAGCUUUGACUUGGUCUAGAAAUUUUACACCUCAAAUAUUUCCUUGUUUAACAUGUGUUAACAAAGGCCUUUUCACUCUGCAGAAAAAUGAAAUUCCAGUCAGAAAAAGUGUCAAAUUUGACAGAUUUGUUUUUGUCUUGUUAAAUUAUGACUCCAAAAGUCUCAAAUGUAAAAAAGGAAGCUUAAAUGUGAGUCAAAGGUUGAUGCCUGAACCUGAUGUGUCUAAUGUUCAUUCGAGGAAGUGAAAGUAGGAAAAAAAAAAGUGUUUUUUUUGUUUGUCUUCUUCCUGUGUGUUUGUGUGGCAUUUGAAUGUGCAGUUGGCGUCGCGGGUGUCGAUGCCGGAUCCGUCGCAGGCAGCCAGGGCAGAAAUGUGGCGCUGUAACCUCACACUGACCCGGACAACAGAGACAUCAUCGCUCACCGGCUUCGGCGGCGCUGACACGGCUGAUGUGCGACUGCGUGACACUUACACGCUGUAACUGACACGACUCGGAGGGCCGUGGGGCCAGGGGGGGUCCAAAAAUCUUUCAUAGGGGGGGCCAGAUGGGGCCACUGAAAUUCUUGG